GUGUAAAAUGGGUAUUAAUGAUGAUCGUAACUGCAACAAGAGCUUCUCCAGUAGCUACAUGCUUGUGAAGCCACAAGAAGCGAAGAUCUUGGACUUGGGUCGCCUCCUGUUUUCAAAGAACCUCAAAAGAAGGAAAUUUGUAGAUUCUAGUCACCCCAAUGAACUCAAUUUCUGGCACAGAUUCUUCAUCACUCUCUCCAUCAUCAUUCUAAAGUUUCUCCAACUGUUUGCCACUCCACUUGCUUUGUUUGGUUUCUGCCUCGAGUUCUCCCUAAACUUUUUGUCAUUCAACGAUGGCUUCUUCGGCAUCCUCCUCAAUAUCUUACGAUGGAAGUUGAAAGUACCGGACAGCUCAUCGGCGGAGUACCAGUCGGUGAUUGGUCAUUUGGAUGGAAGGAUAACGUUAGACAAAAAUAUAAAGCCCGGAGAUGUCAAUUACUUCGGAGCUCUUUGCAUGAUGGCUUCUAAGCUUGCUUAUGAGAAUCAGGCUCAAUAUGAAGAAAAAUGCUCAACACAAGCGUUCAUGAUGCGGGAUACAAAAGUUGAUCAGCAUGAUACUAUCAUCGUCUCCUUUAGAGGUACAGAACCAUUCAAUGCCGAUGACUGGUGCUCUGAUUUUGACAUCUCUUGGUACGAGAUCAAAGGCAUCGGAAGAAUUCAUGGAGGAUUUAUGAAAGCACUUGGCUUACAAAAAUCCAUUGGAUGGCCCAAAAAAAUAGACCGACAAGAUCAAGAAAGACGUCCUUUGGCCUACUACGCCCUCAGAAAAAGGCUUAAAAAACUUAUGAAAGAAAAUGAGUGUGCCAGGUUUGUGGUAACUGGGCACAGCCUGGGUGGGGCUUUGGCUAUAUUAUUUCCUUUUAUUUUGGCAUUUCAUGAACAAGAGUUACUGCUUGAAAGAUUAGAAGGAGUGUACACAUUCGGACAACCUCGGGUUGGAGACCGCAAAUUAGGAGAGUUUAUGUUGAAAACAUUCUCACAUUACAAUAUUCGUUACUACAGAUUCGUUUAUGGUUUCGACAUGGUUCCUAGACUACCCCUUGACGACAAGGCCUUGAUGUUCAAACACUUUGGAUCUUGUAUUUAUUUCAACUGGAACUAUAAUCCAAAGCUUCUUGAAGAAGAGCCAUUCAAGAACUAUUUCUCGAUCUUGGGAGAAGUGGAGAUGAGAAUACAAGCAUGUUUGGAAAUAGUGAGAAGCUUCACAAUUGGAUGGAGAAGGGGAAAGGAGUAUGAGGAAAGAGUGCUUUUGAGAAUUGUGAGGUUGUUCGGACUGUUAUUGCCUGGAGUUCCUGCUCAUUGUCCUCAAGAUUAUAUUAACUCCACUCGCUUGGGUUCUCUGGAUCACAUCGUCUUUUCUCCUUCCAAGACGGAGUACGAUGUCAAGAUUCAGUAGUAAUUAUUUUUCCUUCUCUAUAAUAAAAGCUAUAACUCUUGUGUUAUAAGAAAAGAGAUCGAAGAAUCAAUCUCCUCUCCCUUAUUAUAUUAAAUAAUAUUGUUGUUUUAGAAAAUUCAGUUGCAGUGUGAAUUAAAUUAGUGUUUGGUAAAUUUUAGAUUUGUAGUUUGGAUGUAA